AUGGAAUCAACUGCAAAACCCCAGGUGCUCAUCAUCACCAAGGUAACGCCUCGCUACUGGCGGGCUACCUUCAACGACCCUCCCAUGAACCUCAUGACUCCAGAAAUAUACGAGGGCUUGUGGACGCUGCUCAACGAGCUAGAGCGGGAUCAAGAAGUUCAAGUGAUAGUGUUUGACAGCAGUGCCACGGACUACUUCAUCAUGCAUGUCGAUCUGGUCAAUGGCUCUAAAGCGCUGCGGGUGCCGGAGAAAAGUUGGGCUCUGUUUGUGCAACGACUGGCUCAGAUGCCGGUCGUCAGUAUCUGUAUGAUUCGAGGACGUGUGCGGGGUAUCGGUAGCGAAUUUGCCCUGUCCUGCGACAUGAGAUUUGCAAGCGUCGAAAAGGCCAUCUGGGGCCAACCCGAAGUCGGGUCUGGUGUUGUGCCGGGAGGAGGUUGUCUUGAGUGGCUGCCUCGACUUGUGGGCCGGUCAAGAGCACUGGAAAUCUGCCUGGGCAGUGAUGAUUUCGACGCCAAAACGGCGGAGCUCUACAACUGGAUUAACCGUGCGCUUCCAGACUCAGAACUAGAUGGGUUUGUUGACGCUCUAGCUCGUCGGAUUGCUUCAUUCCCCAAAUUCCCCGUAGCCCAAACGAAGGCAAUCAUCAAUAACCGUGCCGGAAUCCCUAGUCCGGCUGGUAUUCGACAAACACAAGACGCCUUUAUGCAGUGUCGUUCCAUUCCGGAGGUCCAGCAGCGAAUUCAGAAAUUGUUCGAGGCUGGGUUGCAGGAACAUGGAGACUUUGAGUUCAACCUUGGCAGGAAUUUAGCACUGGUGGACACUUAUAAGAAGAAUACUGGACAAGAAGGUUAA